UAGGACUUCUACGCAAAUGUUUAUCAAAUAUUGAGGUUAAAACAUAGAGUAACCCCUAUUGGCUAAGUUAUCCCCAUCAAGGAAUUGAAAGAGAGAGACUCGCAGCAUCAAGCAGAGAUUUUUCCGGUGAAACGUGUCAAUAUCCGACGUGGCACACUAAAACCCUAGCUCAAACAAAAACCCUCGUUCCACUGUGUAGCUCAAACCUCAAAGACCCAAAAAUGGUUCGCAGCAUCAAAAACCCGAAGAAAGCCAAGAGAAAGAACAAGGCCUCGAAAGGAGAAGAUGGGUCUUCGUCUUCUUCGGGACCUUCGAUUCCGGCGAAGGUGUGGCAACCGGGUGUGGACAAACUGGAGGAAGACGAGGAGCUUCAGUGUGACCCUUCUGCCUACAAUUCUCUCCACGCCUUCCAUAUUGGGUGGCCCUGUCUCAGCUUUGAUAUUUUACGUGAUACAUUGGGUUUGGUUCGAACGGAGUUCCCACACACAGUGUAUUUCGUUGCAGGGACUCAGGCUGAGAAAGCUUCUUGGAACUCUAUAGGAAUAUUUAAAGUAUCUAACAUCACUGGGAAAAGACGCGAGCUAGUGCCUUCCAAACCUGCAGCUGAUAACUCUGAUAUGGAGAGUGAUGGUAGUGAUAGUGAUGAAGAUGGUGAAGAAGAGGAGGUUCAAGGAUCUGGGACUCCAAUUUUGCAGUUGCGCAAGGUAGCUCAUGAAGGAUGUAUUAAUCGGAUACGUGCUAUGGCACAAAAUCCCCAUAUAUGUGCAUCUUGGGAAGAUGCUGGUCAUGUGCAGAUAUGGGACUUCAGCUCCCAUUUGAGUACUUUAGCAGAAUCAGAAACGCAAGGUGCUCAGGGAGCUUCUUCAGUUUUCAGUCAGCCUCCACUAGUUAAGUUUAAGCACAAAGAUGAAGGCUUUGCUAUAGAUUGGAAUCCUCUUGUCCCAGGAAGGCUUGUAUCUGGGGACUGCAAGAGUUUUAUUCAUUUGUGGGAGCCUACAUCUGGUGCAACAUGGAAUGUUGAUACUACUCCGUUUAUUGGUCAUGCUGCGAGUGUUGAAGAUCUACAAUGGAGCCCUACAGAAGCCAAUGUGUUCGCCUCUUGUUCUGUGGAUGGAACUAUUGCAAUUUGGGAUACACGUUUAGGGAAGUCAGCAGCAGCAUCUUUCAAGGCACAUAAUGCAGAUGUGAAUGUCAUUUCAUGGAACAGGCUGGCUAGCUGUAUGUUGGCAUCUGGAUGUGAUGAUGGCACAUUUUCUAUUCGCGAUCUCAGAUUGCUCAAGGAAGGGGAUUCUGUAGUAGCACGUUUUGAAUACCAUAAACACCCUAUCACAUCCAUUGAAUGGAGUCAGCACGAAGCCUCCACUUUGGCUGUUUCAUCAUCUGACAAUCAGCUAACAAUAUGGGACCUCUCAUUAGAAAAAGAUGAGGAAGAGGAGGCAGAGUUCAGAGCUAAAACAAAAGAGCAAGUAAAUGCCCCUGAAGAUCUACCUCCACAACUUUUGUUUGUUCAUCAGGGUCAGAAGGACUUGAAAGAACUCCAUUGGCAUGCUCAGAUUCCAGGAAUGAUCGUAUCUACUGCAGCAGAUGGUUUUAACAUCCUGAUGCCUUCAAACAUACAGAGUACCCUCCCCUCAGAUGGUGCUUGAACAUCCAGUAUAUUUUUCCAAAGUAUUGCUGUGAUGGCAAGCGUCAGCUUCAUGUUUCUCAAGUGGCAUUGUUGUGAUGGCAGGCAUCAGCUGUUGAUCUGAUGCACACAUCUUGAAUCAAUUAAGAAUCAAGGGUAAUAUAUAUAUAUAUAUAUUUCUGAAUCCCCCUUUUUUUUUUCUUUUUUUUCUUUUUUGGGUGGAUGUUGGUGAUAAGAUUUACAGUUGGUCCCAAAAGUUCGGCGAAACCUCGAGUUGCUUCAAUUUUGUAAGUUUUAAAGUACUUGUCAUGACCAGCUAUUUAGUAUGGAUUGUCCGACAUGUUUUGAGGAACUCUUCUCGUGUCUAUGAUUACUGAUUCUUGUUAAUAAUAGAGAAACUGGCAGUUACAAA